GAAACCCUCCACGUUGUCUAGUGCCCAGGUGUCCUUCCCAUGCACAGGUAGCCAUGUGGAUCGUGGUGAGUUUGCUCUGCUGCUCAAUGCUCGGAGGGCUGCCACGGGCAGGCGGCUCAUGCCCAUCGCAGUGCAGCUGCGCCUUCCACAGCCUCAGCGAAGGGACGAAAGCCAGGACAGUGCUGUGUAAUGACCCAGAGAUGACCCUCACUCCUGUGAACAUCCCUGUAGAUACGUCCAAGCUUCGGAUAGAAAAGACAGCCAUCCGCAGGGUGCCAGGAGAGGCUUUCCAUGCGCUCCACAAUCUGGAAUACCUCUGGAUGCCCUAUAACUCCCUGGCAAGCCUCAGUGGGAUCACCUUCAAGGGCCUCCGUCGCUUGCAGGAGCUGAGGCUGGAUGGGAAUGACUUAAUAUCAUUCCCCUGGGAAACCCUGGCUGACAUGCCACAGCUAAGGCUUCUGGAUUUACACAACAACGAACUUACCUCAAUCCCUCCAGAUGCUGCUCGUUAUGUCAAGAAUAUCACAUACCUGGACCUGUCUAGCAAUAAGCUUAUGACUCUUCCUCAGGCUCUUAUUGCCACCUGGGCCAACCUCCAGGCUGUUCCUUAUUUCCCCAAUGAUAACUCCAAGAUCAUCCUAGGCUUGCAAGACAAUCCUUGGGUAUGUGACUGCAGUCUGUAUGAAAUGGUCCAUUUCCUAAAUUUCCAGUCUCCUAACAUAGCAUUCAUUGAGCCCAGGCUGAAAUGCUUCACCCCCCGGAGCCUUGCAGGAGUUGUCUUCAGCCAAGUCGAGCUAAGGAAGUGUCAAAGUCCCGUCGUACAUACAUCCGUAGCCAAAGUAAAGACCAUCCUCGGCAGCACUGUGCUACUGCGAUGUGGAACAACAGGGGUGCCUAUUCCUGAGCUCAGCUGGAGAAGGGCUGAUGGUGCUCAACUGAAUGGCACAGUUCAUCAAGAGAUUUCCAGUGAUGGGAUGAGCUGGUCUAUUCUGGGCCUGCCUGUAGUCUCUUAUCUCGACUCUGGCGAGUACAUCUGUAAAGCAAAGAAUUUUCUGGGGGCAACAGAGGCGUUCAUAUCUCUCAUCAUCACAGACUCAGAAAGCACUGAUGACCCCAACUCUAAUGCCAAAGGCGCAUGGAGCGGGAAGGCAAGUGGGAUGGAGGCAGCUGCCUACAAUGACAAGCUAGUGGCAAGGUAUGUUAUCACCACCUCCACCGUGCCUACCCUCAGGGCUGGAGUGGGCACUGGAGCGGGCCUCCUCCUCCCAGAUGUGGCACAAGAUAGCAACCCCAGAAACCUGCUGGUGAGCCCGCCUACCGGUCAGCAGGAGCCGGAGCGAAUCGUGAGGUCCGUCAGGGUGAUAGGAGACACUGACCAGAGUAUCACCCUGGCCUGGAAGGCGCCUCUGGCAAAGAACACGACAGUGUUCAGUGUCCUCUACGCUAUCUUUGGAGAGAGAGACAUGCGGCGGAUCAACGUGGAGCCAGGGAAGACCAAGGUCACCAUUUAUGGGCUGCUGCCAAAGACCAAAUACAUUGUGUGCGUCUGCGUGAAAGGGCUGAUCCCCAGGAAGGAGCAAUGCAUCAUAUUUUCCACAGACGAAGUUGCUAGUGCAGGAGGGACCCAGAAACUCAUCAAUGUGGUUGUCAUCAGCGUGGCCUGUGUCAUUGCUGUUCCUCUGACGCUGGUGGUCUGCUGUGGCGCACUGAAAAGGCGCUGCAAAAAAUGCUUUGUGCGGAAACCCAAGGAAAUUCAGGAGUCCUAUGUCACCUUUGAAAGCCUGUCUCCUGGGGCCAAGGCAAAAGGCGUGGAAGGAGAAUACUUGACUAGACAUACCCCCGAUGAGUCGAACAGGCUGCUGUCUGCUAGAUCCAGCGUGGACUCAGAAGCAAUACCAAAGAUAGAGGGGCAACCUAACGAAUACUUUUGCUGA